AUGAAGCGCCAGAACGUGAGGACCCUCGCCCUCAUUGUGUGCACCUUCACCUACCUGCUGGUCGGAGCCGCCGUCUUCGAUGCGCUGGAGUCCAAGCAGGAGACCUCGGAGAAGAAGAACCUGGAGGAAAGGAGAUUCCAGCUCAUGACUAAAUACAACCUGAGCGAGAAGAAAUACGAGGAACUCGAGCUCGUUGUCUUGAAACUCAAGCCGCAUAAAGCUGGGGUCCAGUGGAAAUUCGCUGGAUCUUUCUAUUUCGCCAUUACUGUGAUCACAACUAUCGGGUAUGGCCAUGCUGCUCCCAGCACUGAUGGAGGGAAAAUUUUCUGCAUGUUUUACGCUCUGCUUGGAAUCCCACUCACCCUGGUCAUGUUUCAAAGCAUGGGAGAGCGAAUCAAUACAUUUGUCAAGUAUCUCUUACACAGAAUCAAGAAGUGCCUAAGGAUGAAACGAACAGAGGUCUCCAUGGCAAACAUGGUCAUCAUUGGAUUUUUCUCCUGCAUUAGCACCCUGUGUAUUGGGGCUGCUGCAUUCUCAUAUUAUGAGGAAUGGACAUUUUUCCAUGCUUAUUACUAUUGCUUCAUCACACUCACGACCAUCGGUUUUGGGGACUAUGUGGCUCUACAGAAGCAUGAUGCUCUUCAAAAGAACCCUCACUAUGUGGCAUUUAGCUUUGUCUAUAUUUUGACAGGCCUCACAGUAAUUGGAGCAUUCCUAAACCUGGUAGUUCUGAGGUUCAUGACGAUGAAUGCAGAAGAUGAAAAACGAGAUGCAGAGCAGAAAGCCUUGCUGAUAAGAAAUGGACAAAGUACCAUCCGUACAACAGAAACUUCAGGCAACUUCCGCAACAUGUAUGCAGAGGUUCUUCAUUUUCACUCCAUGUGUUCGUGUCUCUGGUAUAAGAGUCGCGAGAAGUUGCAUUAUUCAAUUCCUAUGAUCAUCCCCAGAGAUAUAUCCACAUCCAACACUUGCAUCGAACAGAGUGAUGCAUCUCCCAAUAGGCUUCCUGAAAAUUUUUCAAAUGGUUGUGUGUGUAAUUUGCACAGAUCUACGAUUAGCUCCGUGUCUACAGGACUCCACAGUUUGUCUGCUGUCAGAGGGCUAAUGAAAAGAAGAAGUUCCGUGUAA